AUGGCUUCCAACGACGGCUUGACUGCCAGCAAGAUCUUCAUCACCAUUUCCUAUAUUUUGUCGGUAUUUGGAUCUCUAUUCUACCUCCUGCCCCACUUGAACGACAAGCACUUUUUGACCCCCUUUUCAGGUACGUUUAUUGUCACGGCCAUCUUUUGGAUAUUGACGCUUCUACUCCAGUUUGUCUUUAUCACCAAAGUCUUGUUCAACAACAAUGUAUCUCCAUCAAACCAGUCCUCGGCAAUUGCUGUCAUUGGCCCUCAUUUCACAACUUCAAAUAUCUUACACUUCUUUUGGUGCUACUUUUUCUCAAGAGAACGUUUUGUCAUUUCAGAGGUACUCUUAAUUGUCAACUUGUUGAACCAAUUGACCUUAUAUUUCUCUCACAAGACGAUUGCUAUAAAGUCGCUGCCAGACUGGCUAACCGUUCACCUCCCUGUAACAGGAACACCGCUUGCAUGGUCCCUAUACGCAAUUCUCUGGAACGGUGCUACAAUGUUCCACUCCCAUAAUAAGUCCCUGUUGCCUCGUCUUCUCGCCAAUAUCUUCAUUUGGGAGUUGUUUGUCGUUCCAAUGGCCUUGCUAGUAUUCUACAAGGAUUGGUCGGUCGGCUUGGCAACCUCCUUUUUGGCAUUGGGUAUGGGCUUUGGCCAAAUGUUCACAAAGUUAGUUGCUCUUCAAUGGAUCUUUGCCUUUGUUAUUGCCGGCGCAAACUUCACCUUCUCCGUCUUGAGCAUGUUCAACUCAGCUGUCGCACAGUCUCAAACAACUACCUCAACAGAUCAAGCACCACUACUUGCUUGA